AUGUGCUCAAAAACAGAGUCUCUCUGUGGAAGCCCAGUGCCCCAAUCCCAGAGAGAGUAGGAGUAACAGAGGUCCCACUCCUGUCCUCCCCAGGAGUAACCUCCACUCCACCCUUGGGAGGCAGGAGAGGGCAUCUCUGCACGUCUGAAGACGGAGGGGUGGUAAGAACCUCACCACCGCCCUGGGAGGACCAGGACAGGCAUACCUGUGGCUCCUGGGGUCCCCUUGGGUUCGAGGGCGACGUCUCACCUUUUUGGAGGAAAAGAUGUGUUGGAAGACGUUGCUGCUUCUGCUGUUGUAUUCUGAUGCUCAGGCCACUCUGUCUCACAGGUGGACCAGGGCCGUGCUCUUCCCUGCCGCCCACCGGCCAAAGAGAUCCUCAUCGCUGCCCUUGAACCCCAUCCUGCAGAGCUCCCUGGAGGAAGUAGAGCUGCUCUAUGAGUUCCUGCUGGCUGAACUUGAGAUCAGCCCUGACCUGAAGAUCUCCAUCAAGGACGAGGAGCUGGCCUCCCUGCGGAAGGCUUCAGACUUCCGGGCUGUCUGCAAUGACGUGAUCCCCAAGAGCAUCCCCGACAUCCGGCGGCUGAGUGCCAGCCUCUCCAGCCGCCCAGGCAUCCUCAAGAAAGAGGACUUUGAAAGGACAGCACUGACUCUAGCCUACACGGCCUACCGCACAGCCUUGUCCCAAGGGUAUCAGAAGGACGUCUGGGCCCAGUCCCUUCUCAGCCUCUUCCGUGCCUUGAGGCAUGACUUGAUGCGGUCCUCAGGUCCGAGAGCAUCUCCCCGAGGGACUGACCCGCACCAGGGCCAUGGAGCGGGGACCAGCACACAGUAAUCCAGAAACUCCUCAUUCUCUACUCCAUUUACAGAGACCAGCCACAGAACACACAUUGCCAACUCAGAGCUGCAGAGAUCAAAUAAGGAACCCUGCUGCUCUUUGCCCCUUGUAACUUCUUGAUAAGCAAAAGAUGGUGAUUUAUACCAUAAUGUGACCUGGGAUGGAAAAAAGGGCUGCGAUGGUAAUUCAAGAUGCCUCCAGAGGGUGAAUGGUUGGCCUGGUGAAUUGCAGCAGUCUAGCAGGAGCAACAGCAACAUAUGCUUUAACACUGGCUGCCCAUGACACAAACACCCAGGAGUGAGGAAAGAGACAGGAGAGGCAUCAUAGAAGUUUGGGCAUGGCAGGAAGGUGGAGGAGGGAACAGAGUUCUUUGGUCCUAAGAGAUCAGGGUGCUGGAUUGAAUGAACGUCUUUCCAAAGUUCUGUAAUAAGAUAUCAAGAAACUAGUAUGGGUGUGUGCCAAGUCACUUUAGUCAUGUCCGACUCUGUGAUCCCAUGGACUGUAACUCUCCAGGCUCCUCUGUCCACAGGAUUCUCCAGGCAAAAUUACUGGACUGGGUUGCCAGCCCUCCUUCAGGG